AACAAAGCUCGAUAGAGAGAGAGAGAGAGAGAGAGAGAGGAAGGGGAUGGAGGCGCUGAGGGCCACCUAUGGCUCCGAAUCCUCCGACGACGGCGACGAUGACGGUGAGAUUCCGAUCAACAGAGUAGAGUGUAUGAAGGUUUCUUCUCUCCCACCGCCUCCUAGUGAUCUCCUUAAAGCUCCGAACUUCAGUGAUCUUGCUGCAGCCUCGAGAACCGGUAGAAUUCGAAGCUUCCCACAUAUUGAAGGGAACUAUGCUCUUCAUGUUUACAUUCCAGUUCUUAUACCACCUACAGUGAGGGAAAAACUGAUGAUUUAUGUGAAAAGACUUGCUUCUGUUGUGCCUAGUCUUUAUGUGGUUGAUGCUGAUAUCCCUCUUAGUGAACUGAGCAAAGAUGAUGAAAAUUUUGAAAAUGUUUUGUUGGGGAGGGAAUUCCACAUUAGUUUGGGAAGAACUGUUCCAAUUCAAGUGCAUCAGAUCGACUCCAUUGUGGCAAUGCUUCGUCAGAAGUUUGUAUCUCAGAGAAGGUAUUUUAUAGAGUUAAGCAAGUGGGAUGUAUUUGUCAAUGAUGAGCAGACACGGUCCUUUUUAUCUUUGGAAGUUUUGGGAAGGGGUCUUUCAGAGAUUAGAAAACAAAUUAAUCUGGUUGAUUAUGUAUAUAAACUCCAUGGUCUUCCUGAAUUCUACAAGAAUCCACGGCCCCACAUAUCAUUGUUAUGGGCACUGGGAAAUAUUAGUGAGAAGCUCAAGAAAAAUGUCGAAGAGCUGGAUACAUCCCGGAACAAUGCAAGAAACUCAGGACCUAUAUUUUUCUGCAAGUUCAAUAGCAUUGAAUGUAAAAUUGGAAAGAAGUCUUACACUAUCUGUAAGAGUCUUGAUGGAUGAUUUUCUAUUGUAAUGUUGGACUGAAUGAUCUCAAACAGGCUGACUAAAACCUGAGCGCAUGGUAGUUAUUUAUACACUAUUACACUGUAAAUAUCUUCCUUAUGAAUGUUCAUGCAAUAAUUAUGGAAUUAAGAGCAACCGUGUGGACUUUGUUUGAGAA